AUGUUUUCCCUCGCUACCGCCUCCAUCAUUGGCUUCUCAUGCCUCACUGCCGUUUCCGCUGCUCCCUUCACAUAUAACAACAACCCGCUCGGCAACAACUUUCCCAACCCCAGCCCAAGUCAAACCACCCAGAUCGAGCUUCAAGCUCACGCUGCCGCACACGGUCCUUCGCCGACGACGAUUACCAGUCUCGAGUGGGUUGCUUUCAAUGAGCUUUCCGAGGUCGCCUUCUUCACUGAGCUUAUUGCCAACAUCACAAACAAUGUUCCAGGCUAUAUCUUUGACACCGAGAUCGAUACCCGCAACUACAUCUUGACAGCUCUUACUGCCGUCCAAGCUCAAGAAGAGCUCCACGCCUUGAACGCCAACCUCGCGGUCAAGAAGAAUACCGGUGGUGUCAUCUUACCUUGCGAAUACAACUUCCCCGUCAACAACAUCGAAGAGGCUAUCGAAUUCGCAUCCCUCUUCACCGAUGUCGUUCUCGGCACGCUCCAAGACGUUGUGACUCUCUUCGGCGAGGACGGUGACGCGGGACUCAUCCGCGGUGUCGCUUCAGUCAUCGGCCAAGAGGGAGAGCAGAAUGGAUUCUACCGCAACCUCCUCAACAAGAUCCCAUCCGCUCUCCCAUUCUUGACUGCCAGCACCCGCGCCUACGCUUUCUCAGCUGUCAACCAGCUCUUCGUCGUCCCAGGCACCUGCCCCAACGUUACCACCACCGGCACCGUCGGCCCCUUUGACAUCGACCUCCCAGUCUUCGACACCUUGACCGUCGUCACCCAGAACAUCCAACCCAAGUCCCAGACCCUCAGCUUCACCUUCGACUUGCCAGCCGGCGGCGCCAAGCCUGAGUGGAAGUCCGACUACUCUGGCUUGGAACUCGUCUUGAUCAACCAGCAAAACGCCCCUGUCAUCGAAUCUCUCACCAACGUCCAACUUAGCUCGAACUUGAAGACCAUCACCUUCGAUGCUCUCUUCCCCUUCAACGGCACGACCUUCGGUAACGGUUUGACGCUCGCGGUCAUCACCCCCGCCGGUGAGACUUUCACGGAUAUAGAUUCUAUUGCCAACGUUACCAUCUUUGGCCCUGGUUUGAUUGAGGUCAACUAA